UCAAGGGCGAGGGUUGAAGAGAACAAGAAAGAGAGACAUGAAAUUGGCCACGUCCAAUGCCACGUCACUUUCAAGUUUUAAGAAACGGCCGUUGAGUGGAGUUCUCAGAGAGGAGAGGCGAAGCGCACCACCCAUUCGUCCAUCAUCUCAACACUCCAUCCAUUCUUCUUAACAUCGCAACCGGAUAGACUUACUUUUUUCAGAAAUUAUCGACGCCGUUUUUUUUUGUAUUUUUUGUAUUUUCGCACGCACACACUUUUACUUGGAUGCCUAUCAAUUAUGUACUGCUUGUCAGCAGACAGGGCAAGACCCGACUUGCAAAAUGGUUCACGACGCUCAGUCCAAAGGAAAAGACCAAAACCGUCAAGGAUGUCACACAGCUCGUCCUCGCACGGCGGACGAAAAUGUGUAACUUUUUAGAGUAUAAAGAUACGAAGGUCAUUUAUCGAAGAUACGCCAGUCUAUACUUCAUCACAGGCGUUGGGCCGCAGGAUAAUGAGCUGUUGACACUGGAGGUCAUACACAGAUACGUUGAGGUCCUUGACCGGUACUUUGGAAAUGUUUGCGAGCUUGACCUGAUUUUCAACUUCCAACGGGCAUAUUUCAUACUGGAUGAGCUAUUGAUUGCUGGAGAGAUGCAAGAGUCGAGCAAAGUUACGGUUCUGCAGGCGAUUCAUGACCAGGACGCGACUGAAGUAGAAGAAGCCAACGAGGAAAAAGUUAAGCACACCCCGCGAUUUUGAAGCUCAUAACGAAUAGAAGACAAGAGUAAUAAUAAAAGAAC